AUGUCGAAUCUUCCCGCCGUUCAAGACAAUGACGAAACAUCGACACAUUGUCUUUACAUGUGGAAGGCAGAUUCAGCUAUGCCCUAUCGACCUAUGUACCAAGAUCAUGGAAGCAACAUCAACGGCCGUGGCGACAAUUCAAACUCCACCGCAGAGCCAAAUUCUCAAGCAGGACAUGGCGAGGAAAAGCGCAACAACGACAUGCCAGUAUUCUCUUGCUUUCCGAACAUUCCGAAAGAAAUACGCUUGAAUAUUUGGGAGCUGGUAGCCUGUGGUGAUCCCAAAACCGUUGAUAUCUGGGCACAUCUAAAGCUCGGUAUCACGUCCGACGAAUUGACUUGGUCUCAAUAUGUCCCUGAAGAGUACCUCAAAUACAUGACACUUUCGCAGGCCAAGAAUGUACCCCCCAUUCUUCACGUCUGUCAUGAAGCCCGCACGAUCGGUCUCAAAUUCUACACUCCUGAAGUCGAAACGAAAGGCGCUUUCAAUCUUCCCAACAAUCUGGACCGAGUGGUUACUCCACGGAUAUGGGUGAAUUGGACCAUUGAUACUUUACUUUUGGGAACAUGCUCGGAGAGGCUUUUAGGGAUUCAAUCGGGACAUUACUUCAGAAUCGAGGAUUUUGGCAUGUUGCAUCAUGUGGAAAUGGUCUUGAAACAUCUUCCUCGAGGGAUGGCUACAUUGGUCUCCACCAUACGGACGUCAAUUUCAUUCAACAAUCAAACCUCAUUGAUUACCCCGGUGAAAUUAUUUUGUAUAGAUUCGCUGAGGCAUCGUUUCCGAAGAAGGUGUUUGGCGUUCCUGAUAGCCAACCAAUGAGUGCCUACUCCUUGAUCUUAUCUGAACCUGGUAUUCUCCAAUCUACACGCUUCUGGUUGACUACGCGGCAUGUGAUUUCAAAUAGUUUACUGCAUUGGAUGAUGAACCGGAAGGGGGAUGAUUGGAAGAGGCCAAACAUUGAGUUGAAGGUGUGGGGUCAACCAGAUUGCCAGCUGGAUCUGUGGGAUGAUACAUCUCCAGUUCGUGAUUAUCAGACAAAUGAAAUUGGAUGGACUGGUUUGUUGGUGAGCACGUGUGAGGAUUAGUUGGGCUUCAGGAAAGUCUGGUGGUGCCUAUGGAACUAGUUGCCCACAGUAAAGGAGAGAUGCUAGUAAGGUGCAUGAUGGACAGACAGUACUCUACUUCACUGGACGACAAUUUAAACAGUGGUGUCAGAAGACUUAAAGAAGUGACGUAUUAUUAUCUUUGUGAAAUUACCUAUUGAGGUGUGGUGGAGGUAACAUGUGAAUUUCCUGUUCCACUUCCUUUUCUGGCCCCCUCGCUUAAUUGAUACAGCAGUUUUGGCCGGCCGACUAUGCCCUUUUUGAAUUUUUCCAAUAUAUUCGCGCACACAACUGUUUGUUUAAUUUCCGGAAGACUUCCGUCUUCCAUCCUCUUCUAAACCUGUCUGCUCAACACCACACUUGCACACAACAUCUUCAAUCUACUCUGCUGCGAACCAAAAGUGAGUCUCAUUUCCUGAAGAGCAAAUGCGAACCUCAUAUCCUGACUAGAUUCCAGUCUCGUCUGCUCCAACUCAAUCUCACAAACUGCAACCUUUCCAAAUACCAUACGACAUUGUCUGGGUUCCGACAUCUGCCACCGACACCUCCAAUUCUUCAAAACCACGAGACAGCGAAAUAUCCCAACCACAACGACACUGGUGUGCAAGUUCCACUUCUCCCUUACGCCAGUCUGUACGCCAGAUCCAGUAUCCCUUCACGUCUAUCCUCUGGUAACUUUCGACAUUCUUUUGUCGCCGACCUCUGUCGUUCUCCUCAGCCUGCCCAACCUGUUGAACGAAGCUUGGAAGCAGCAGACUCAACUGAACUGCAUCUUGUAAGUAACACAUCCUCUCCCUUCUCUGGCUUUUCUGACGAGUCUAAGUGACAAAGCCCCUUGGUGAAUUGACCAUCCACUCUCUCUGGAUCGUCAACGACACAGACCGACAAGACGACUUCACCAGGUCUCAUCGAGCCCAUAACGCAUUUAAAACUUUCAUACGCUAGGCAAAGAUGAACGACUCUAUCCUCCACGAUAGCGUCACUUCCAGGUCGUCAAUCGUCCAAAAUACCAGUGGCUCUGGCACGCCACGGUCGCUGGCUCGACUGCGGCCCCCAGAGUUACUGCUGCUUGUGCUUCUGCCGCUGGCCUCGCUUAAAGUGCGUGUCUCUUCAUGUUCUUCCAAACCCGCAAGGAAGCCCUGGAAGGCUACCGUCGAUAUCAACCAAGAGAGCAACAUGAAGGACAUGCUACUGAUCGACCCAUUUCAUGUUGCUCUCUUGGUUGAUAUCGACGGUAGCCUUCCAGGGCUUCCUUGCGGGUCUGGAAGAACAUCAAUCAAGAGAGCAACAUGAAGAGAAUGCCCCUAAACUCAUCACAUGUAAGUCUCAAGACCAAGCAUUCUCAACACAUUGACCUUAAUUCGUACUGACGGCUCCCUUCAUAGUCACUAGAGAGCAAAUGGGUGCAAUGACUCGGGAAGUCUACGGUAUGUCGCGUGAGGAACUCAUCCAACAUCACGACACCAAAGACUUGAGAUCACAUGUCAUAGCUAGACAAGUCGCUCUUCUUCAAUGGUGUGAAGCUGAUGAUUGGCUGACCAAACAUCUGAAAGAAAACGCUUGA